AUGAAGUUCUUCACCACCAUCUUUGCCAUUGGCCUCUUUGCCGGCGCCUCUCUGGCCCAGGACGCUCCUGUGCAGACUGCCCACGUCACUCUCCGCUCCGAGGGCGACGACCACUCCUAUCCUCUGACCGUCCCGGCCGACGGCACGGCCGUCUUGACUCACAGCACUCUUCCCAUUGCGCUGAUUGACGCCCCCGACUUCAACGUCCUCCAGGCCUGCGUGAUCGAGACCGCCGGCGCCAAGAACCUCAGCAGCACGAUUGCGGCCGACGGUGUGACGCAGCAGGUCGUGAUUGACCCCCCGCAGGCGGUUACCAGCAUCAGCUGCCAGGGAACCUGUGUCGAGACUUAUGGCGCCUGCUAUGCCCCAGACGGCCAGUACGUGGGAGCCUGCUGCAACGGUCUUUGUGUUGCGUCUCGCUGCAAGCCCUGGAACAUUGGCCAGUCCGCUUAA